AUGGAUUUGAAGACCAGUGUAAUGGUCCAGAUAAGAGAUGAUGGGAAUCUGAACGAGGAGGUGACAAUGUUUGAAUAUGGAUAUUUGGAGCUGCAGCAGCUGUUUUGUAAUGAAGAGGUAAUCAACAUGAGGAUAAAGACAAAGAACUAUUACUCUGCCAUCAAAAAGAAUGAAAUCUUGGAGAGGUGUCAUUUCUGUUCAGGCCCUAUUUACUCCAGCCAUGGCAUGAUGUUUGUUCGCAACGACUGCAAGGUGUUCAGAUUCUGUAAAUCCAAGUGUCAUAAAAACUUUAAAAAGAAGCAGAAUCCUCGCAAGUUCAGGUGGACUAAAGCAUUCCGUAAAGCAGCUGGUAAAGAGCUUACAGUGGAUAAUUUAUUUGAAUUUGAAAAACGUAGAAAUGAACCUGUCAAAUACCAGCGAGAGCUGUGGAAUAAAACUACUGUUGCAAUGAAGAGAGUUGAAGAGAUCAAACAGAAGCGCCAAGCUAAAUUUAUAACGAACGGAUUAAAGAAAAAUAAAGAAUUAGAGAAAGUUCAGGAUAUCAAAGAAGUCAAGCAAAACACUCAUCUUAUCUGGGACCCUCCUGCAGGCAAAGAAAAGCACCUGGAAGAAAAAAUGGUGCAGAAAUUACAACAGGAUGUGGACAUGGAAGAUGUUUUUUUAAAAAUCUCACUAACUCCUUCUAUAAGCACUUUUGAAAAUCUCCUUAGGAGACUAAGAACUUCUAAAUCAUCAAUUUAUAUCUUAAGUAAGGUCACGCAAAUGAAAGAGGACCACUCCCCCUCGGCCCUCAGACCCGAGGUUGAAUUGGAUGCCCUCCCAGCGGCAGGGGGCAGUCAGCUGCAGGCACUGCCCCCUAUGUUCGCUCUUCCCAGCUCCGCGUGA